AUGCAUUGGAAGUAUACAAGCGUUUUGCUUGGCUUCCUUGUAGCAUUGGGAAAAUGCUGGCCUUAUGAUAAAUCCCUUGUCGACUAUAACCUCAACGAAAACCCGGAUGCCACGAAUGCCGCCGAAUACUGGGGAGAAUGGCCGAAUCACACCUACCAUCCCUCUCCCGAGAACUGGCGUUUCCCUGUAUAUACUCUCUUUCUCGAUCGAUUUGUGAAUGGUGAUCCCACGAACGAUAAUAUCAACGGUACAUUCUUUGAACAUGAUUUGAACUCGAAUCAGAUGCGUCAUGGGGGCGACGUAUUGGGACUCGUUGACACUCUGGAUUAUCUCCAGGGCAUGGGUAUCAAGGCCAUCUACCUGGCUGGGACGAUUUUGAUGAACCAGCCAUGGGGCUCGGAUGGUUAUUCGGCACUCGAUACCACCCUACUGGACCAACAUUUUGGCACGAUUCAGGACUGGAGGGAUGCCAUCACUGAGAUUCAUAACCGGGGGAUGUAUGUCAUUUUCGACAAUACAGUGGCGACGAUGGGUGAUCUGAUAGGAUUCGAGGGCUAUCUCAACACAACCACGCCAUUCCGGUUGGAGGAGCAUCGAGCACAAUGGAAAUCGGACCGCCACUAUGUGGAUUUUCACUUCGGCAACACUUAUAACAAAACUUGCGAGUACCCUCGAUUCUGGAACGAAACGGGCUUCCCGGUGGUUCGAUCCGUCGAUGAUGAACUGAAGGGAUGCUAUGACAGCGAUUUCGACCAGUAUGGUGAUAUUGAGGCCUUCGGCGUUUAUCCUGAUUGGCAGCGUGAGCUGGCGAAGUUUGCAUCGGUGCAGGAUCGUCUCAGAGAGUGGGUUCCAAGCGUGAGAGAAAGACUCAUCCGGCAUUCAUGCAUGAUUAUUUCGUCUCUCGACAUCGAUGGCUUCCGCUAUGACAAGGCGACCCAAGCCACUGUUGAUGCGCUGGGUGAUAUUUCUGGAGCGUAUCGAGAAUGUGCUCGGCGGGUUGGGAAGGAGAAUUUCUUCCUGCCGGGAGAAAUCACAGCUGGCAACACGUUGGGCUCUGUCUUUCUCGGCCGGGGUCGGCAACCCGACAUGCUUCCGGCAACGCUUGAUGAGGCCUUCCGCCUCCGAAACGACUCUGACUCUUACUACUUCCUCCGCGAUGAGAACCAGCAGGCCAUCGACGGCGCCGCGUUCCAUUAUUCGGUCUACCGCUCUCUAACCCGAUUCCUUGGCAUGGACGGUAACCUGGCUGCUGGUUACGAUAUUCCCGUGAACUGGACAGAGGCAUGGUACGAGAUGAUCCUCACCAACGACUUGAUCAAUGCGAACACGGGCAAGUUCGAUCCUCGCCAUAUGUACGGAGCAACCAACCAGGACGUGUUCCGCUGGCCUGCUGUUGAACAGGGUAUUGAGAGGCAUCUGCUUGCUCUUUUCAUCACGACGCUUCACUUGCCUGGCAUCCCGUUGUUGUUGUGGGGCGAAGAACAAGCAUUCUAUAUCUUGGAUGCCUCAGCGUCCAACUAUAUCUUUGGCCGGCAAGCCAUGUCUCCUGCCACGGCGUGGAAGACCCAUGGCUGUUUCUCGCUCAAUUCAACUCAAUAUUUCAACUGGCCGAUCAAGUCAGGGCGAUUGGGCUGCCAUGAUGAAGCCGCGACGUACGAUCAUCGUGAUCCCGCGCAUCCAAUGCGAAAUAUCCUUAAACACAUGUAUCAGAUGCGGCAGGACUUCCCAGCGCUCAAUGAUGGCUGGUGGAUUCAGCUGCUGUCAAACCAUACCCAUGAUGUUUAUCUCCCCGGCUCUAACGGGGUCCCCACUGAAACAGGCAUGUGGUCGAUUCUGCGAAGCCCCUAUUUCCAGAUGCAGGAUCUAGGGGAGUCAGGCAAUGAAACAGUCUGGUUCGUUUAUCAAAACGACAACCAAACUGUCAACUAUGAUUUUGACUGCUCCGACCGGAACUCGGCACUGGUCGCUCCGUUCGACUCGAAUACCACUGUCAAAAAUCUGUUUUAUCCACACGACGAGAUUACCUUGAUCGAUGGGCCUACCAAGCUACACCUCAACGGCUCCAAUAACUUGAACGGAUGCCUCCGUAACUUGACUCUUGUACCGUAUGAGUUCAGGGCUUAUGUUCGAAAAGAAAGAUUUGUGGCCCCUCGGCCAAUGAUCACGAAAUUCGCUCCUGGUCACGACGUGCCUGUUCUUUCAAAGGCUGAGCCAGGGCAAAGCGAAAUUAUCGACAUCGCCUUGUAUUUCUCAACGGAGAUGAAUUGCACCCGGGUGACAGAGUCCAUUUCGCUCGAAUCAUCAACGGAGUCUGACCAAAUUGCUUCUCUUGACUCAGAUUCAGUUGAUUGCGGGUUUGUGGGCACCGAGAAUACAUCCUAUCCCGGACAAAUUCCGAGCACUUGGGUUUGGACCGCAACUUUGAAAAACGUGUACAAUGGGGUGCACAGAAUGACCGUCAAUAAUGCGACCAGCGUUGAUGGACGAGCUACUCAGUCAAUCGAUCAUUUCUUGAUUCGUAUCGGACAGCACGACAAUCCUAUGAUCUUCAACUCUGCAAAUUAUUCAAGCAGUCUUCUACAUCAACGAAAGGACGGCAGCCUCUACAUCCAGCAGCAUGCAGCCGGCGCAGACAUGUAUCGCUAUUCAACGAACUGGGGCAGCACCUUCUCAAAAUGGAUCCCAUACAGAGGCGGCAAUCAUACCAUCAAAGAGCAGUAUUGGAAGGGCACAAAAGCCCAGGAAUGGAAGGGCAAACACGUUCGUGUGGAAUAUUGGAAUCGCUUCACAGGAAGCAGUGAUUACUUCCAAGAAGGGGACGGGCCAGGCUGGAAUCACGCGAUGCCCCGACGCUUUCCUCAUCUCUUUUUCAACGGUCCGUUCAAUGAGUAUGGCUACGAUGCCGGUCUGCCAAACACUGUGAAGCAAGACAGCGACGGCGUUUGGAAGUUUCGGUUCAUGGCAGAGUGGCCCGCCGAGGGUCAACUCAAUGUAUGGGGAAUCAACCCAGACGGACGGCCUGAUCAAAGUUAUGUAUUUGGUGACUCAGACGGCGAUUCAGUUCUCGAUCGUCUCCCACCAUCGUCUCUGAAAACGACAACGAUUAACAUCACCCAGCAUCCACCAAAUCCCCACCUGGCCUGGAGAAUCCAGCUUGAUGAUGCUACUCUCAAAUUCAAGCUGGUACCAGCAGGAUCUAAAUACGUUCAGAUGGCACUUUUCUUCUUACUGUGGCUCGUGCCGAUCAUUACUGCCACUACUUGCGCUUAUAUCUUCAAGAAAACUUUCUACAAGAUCAAAUUCAACCAAAUGGGCGUCAGCGAGAAGAAGACACUCAUCUCACUGGACAUCCUGAAUCGGUUCAAGUACGAGCCUGGGGAUUCGAGGAACCCAUUCGUACGAUUGGCAACCAAGUCAAAGUUCCUGCAAAGCACAUCCGCCUUUGGCAACCGCACCUCCAAUCAGCGAAAGGUGCUUAUUGCAACUAUGGAAUACGAAAUCGAUGAUUGGGGUAUCAAAAUCAAGAUUGGCGGCUUAGGUGUGAUGGCACAAUUGAUGAGCAAACAGCUUGGUCAUCAAGAUCUCAUCUGGGUGAUUCCAUGCGUUGGUGGAGUUGAAUAUCCGAUCGACAAACCAGCCGAAUCCAUGUUCGUCAAGAUCCUGGGAAACACUUAUGAAAUCAAAAUCCAAUACCACUAUCUGAGAAACAUUACUUAUGUUCUCCUGGAUGCGCCAGUUUUCCGACAACAGACUGUCGGGGAGCCCUACCCUGCCCGGAUGGAUGAUAUGGAUAGUGCCAUCUACUAUUCAGCCUGGAACCAGUGCAUUGCGCAGGCGAUAAAGCGAUUCCCUAUUGAUCUUUAUCACAUCAACGACUACCACGGCUCAAUUGCUCCACUUUACCAGCUGCCAGAAACGAUCCCCAUCUGCCUUUCACUCCAUAACGCAGAAUUUCAAGGUUUGUGGCCGAUGCGAACGCAGAAGGAAAAAGUCGAAGUUUGUUCAGUGUUCAACCUCGACAUGGAUGUGGUCACUCGCUAUGUACAAUUUGGCGAAAUCUUCAAUUUGCUACAUGCCGGUGCCAGCUACUUGCGUCUUCACCAACAAGGGUUCGGUGCCGUUGGAGUGUCUAAAAAGUACGGCAAGCGCUCUUACGCACGCUAUCCGAUUUUCUGGGGCCUAAAGAAGGUCGGAAACCUGCCUAACCCCGACCCGGAAGACACUGGCGAAUGGAAUAAAGAGUUACCGAAGGAACGCGACAUUAGCAUUGACAGCGAGUACGAAGUUCGCAGGGCCAGUCUCAAGCGCGAGGCACAAGAGUGGGCCGGGCUCGCACAGAAUUCCAAAGCUGAUCUGCUAGUUUUUGUCGGCAGAUGGUCUAUGCAGAAGGGGAUUGACUUGAUUGCCGAUGUAAUGCCUGGUGUUCUCGAAUCGCGUCCGAACGUUCAGUUAAUUUGCAUCGGCCCCGUCAUCGACUUAUACGGCAAAUUCGCAGCGCUGAAACUGGACCGAAUGAUGAAACUCUACCCCGGUCGCGUGUGCUCGAUUCCUCAGUUUACGGUGCUUCCUCAGUUCAUUUUUUCUGGGGCGGAAUUUGCAUUGAUUCCUUCUCGCGAUGAGCCAUUCGGUCUUGUCGCUGUUGAGUUCGGUCGAAAAGGUGCGCUUGGUAUUGGUGCUCGGGUAGGAGGCCUUGGUCAAAUGCCUGGAUGGUGGUAUACAGUUGAGUCAACGACCACAUCUCAUCUGCUGAAGCAGUUCAAACUGGCGAUUGACAGUGCGCUGAACUCUAAACCUGAAGUUCGAGCUAUGAUGCGAGCCAGGUCUGCUAAACAGCGUUUCCCGGUUGCUCAAUGGAUCGAGGAUCUCGAAAUCUUGCAGUCCACGGCUAUCAGAGUACACAACAAGGAGCACGCAAAAGCCCAGGCUGCAUCAAACACUUCCUCCGGCGCAUAUAAUGCUAUUUAUGGCAUGAUGACACCCCAGGCAGCUACGUCGAUGAGGUCUGGUGCCUCCAGUGGGACUGUGACGCCUCCCUUGCGAUCUCCAAGUCGCCCAGGAACGGUUGGGUCAUUGCAACGCAGUUCUGUGAUAUAUAGCAGAGACCCUAGUCCAGGCUCGGAGGCACGACCUCGAUCUGGACUUGGUCGACAGCUUCCCUCCUUUGCCCGACCAGUAUCUGCUCCGAUGGAAAGUUUCGGGCGCCGAGAUCCUGGCAAAGCAAGUAUGGCAGAUGAAGACAACGGCAGCGUCACUCCCCCCGAUGUCGAGGAGGACAGUGACGAUGAGAUCAUGUCCACUUGCUAUGGUGAAGAUGACUAUCCGAUGGCCCCUGAACCCUCCGACGGGGGACGAAGAUUGAGUGUUCAAGCGCCCGGGACCCAGUCUGCCGGCAUUCCCUUGACUAGAGAGCACCUUUCAGCACGACAAUCCAGCCAGGGCUCCCUAAUGAGUCGACCCAUUGCCACACCAUCAGGCUCCACAGCACCGAGUACUGCAGGAACAGAAGAUACCCUCAUCCCCCCUCAAGACCCUGGACGGGUCAAGGAAGUCGCCUCAGCAGUGCGUCUGCGCUCUCUGUUGAUUCCGUUGUCGGUGACAAGAAGGACUACAAACUUCAAAAGGUUGAUCCUUUCUUCACCGACAGCAAUGGAGAGUACUACAGGGCCUUUGAAAAGAAGCUUGAGGAACUUAAUGGGGCGAAUUCAGACUCGCAACUCUGCAUUGAGCAAUACCUUGAGAAGAGUGAAAAGAAGUGGUUUGACCGGUUCCGAGACGCUCGCCUAG